GAUGGUACCAAGUUUACUUCUUACUCAAAGAAUUCUAAAUUGCUGUGAAACUUCAGUCAUCAUUCAUCAGCCAAGAUGCAGCGUGUUCUUGUAAUAUUGAUCAUUUCUAUGAUUCUUGUGGCUGGUGUUCUGGAUGGAGCAGACGCAUGGGGUCGUCGCCGUCGUCGUCGUUUUGCAGGACUCGAGAGAGAAACCACAGACAUGCCUGAGGAAAUCUCAUCCCUGAAAGUGAAGAAGGAAGAGGACAAUCAGGUCCAGGAGGAGGAUUUGGAAGAAAAUAAAAGUCACGCCGACAGACGACCUUACUGGGCGUAGCUUUCAUAAUAAUGAUAAUAAUUAAUGUCUUCUAUAGCCAAAGUAUCAGCCUUCUAUAUACCAGGUAGGCAUUCAAUGGGCCAGCUAUAAGAUACAUGUAGGAUACAUAAUCUGUUAAACUCUGUAGGUGUACUGCUCAUGAUAUAUACCAUUAAAACAAUCGCAGUA